UGUGAGAACUACUUAAUUAAAUUACAAUACAAAGUCAAAAUAAUACACAAUAUUUGUAAAAUGUCCGCGAAGAAUCUUCAUCCACUGGUUGGUGCUACCACACGCUAUAUCGCCGGCAGAAAUGCCAUGCAGACAGUUUAUUGGCGCACAUCCGCUGGACCUAAUGGCCGAAUGGUGAAAAUACACAAAAAUUGCGAAUUCGAAAAGACACAGGAUCUGCCCUCGAAAAUACGCUUGCAGUAUUACAAUGAGAACUAUAGGGCGAAGAUUAAGGAUGCACUGUGAUCACUGAAGUGGUUGGCGAAAACCAUGAUUUUUAGGUUAAUAUUUUUUUAUAUGGAUGUGUACAUAGUAUUAGUUUAAUAAGUUAAUUAGCGAAAUAGUAAAUUAUUAAAAUUUAACAAUCAAA